AUGACGAUCGACGGAGAAUCAUUAUUUAAUGACCUGGGAGCGACUUACGAAGCUGCUUUUGCAAACAAUGCCCCGCUUCGUGCGUUUGUCCAUCGCACCUCCAAGAAGCUGCCCCCGGGUAGCCGAAUUCUAGAUGUGGGGUGUGGUACCGGCAAGCCGGUGGCGGACAUCCUGGCAAGUGCAGGCCAUGAAGUUCAUGGGAUUGACGUUGCCCCUAAGAUGGUAAAAAUCGCCCAAUCCCAAGUCCGGGGCAGCUUUGAAGUAGCCAACAUGAAUGACUUCCAUCCUUCCCAGCCCUACGAUGCUGUGUUUGCCAUUCUGUCUUUGUUUCAACAUACCCCUGGGGAGGAAUAUUCCUUGAUCUUCAAAUUCUCGGAGUGGCUUAAAGUGGGCGGAUACUUGGCCAUCGCUGUGACGCCUAGCACCAGCCUGCUCUCGGAGACUUGCACAUAUGAUCCCACAUGGGAUUGUGUGUGGAUGCUUAGGAAGCCGUGGAUGGGCAACUACACCAAGGAGAUAUUCUACUCAGAGGAUGGAUGGCUUCGGCUGCUGCGAAGCGCCGGCUUUGUCGUUGCAGAUGAACCCGCCAAUGAUCUCUUCUUCCCCGCUGGUACCCAGUAUAUAGCUCCCGAAGCCUAUUAUUAUGUCCUCGCGAGAAAGGUCGACGCUCAGCCAUUGCUAGGGCCAUAUCCACUCCCCACCUCUCCAAUGCGCGUCACCCCGGCUGACAAUGACGUGCUUGCUCUCGGACAAGAACAUGAUUUGAGUCGAUAUACACGGCACAAAGAAGUCCAGUAUUUCUCCGGGCCGGCCGAAGAUCUUCCAUACCCAUCGGAGGCUUUCCAGGUCGUCUUAGCCCCUUGGACACUUGACCAUACUAUGGAUCUGGAGAAGGCUAUCCAGGAAAUGGUCCGUGUGGCCCGCCGGCGCGGUUCCAAGAUUGUUAUCCUUCAAGGGGCUCCCGGUAACGAGGCAGUGAUGCAUCUGAACGCUGCGACGCGCUCGCACCGAAUCGACCAUCAAGGUCAGAUCCUCCAGGCGGCAGUGCAACGCUUGGAAAACCAGGGGUUUCGAGAUAUCUCCCUGCGACGAAUCCGCGCACACUAUGAAUUUCCGGAGGAAGAUUUGUCCACACGGUGCGCGAUUGCUGCGGAGCUAUUGGUGGAUAUGUGGCACAAACAACAUCCCUGUUACGAAGUGAUCAAGCACUCGCUGGCUUCUCGACUAAAGCUCCAUUUCGAGGGCCAUGCUCACUCUAUCGGAAACGAUAUGGUCGUCUUGGUUGCGAGCUAUCCAAGCGAUGAAAGACAUUGA